GUCGCGAACCGGAGCGUGCAGUCUGAGGAGUAUCAAGGUAUAGCACGUUCACAGAGUCAGUAUACCGCCACAGACACUCUGCAAUCCAUCUCCAACUUGACCCACUGCCUCGCCCCAAUUGCAUCCCACAAUGAGGCAAGUCCACCAUGGCCCGACCGGUCUCUGAUUACACGUAUUCUCAGGCUGACUUGGGAUUCGCCGCUGUAGCUCCCCAAAGCGCCGUGUUGAUACAGAUGUCAUGAAACUGUAAGCAGCCAUCGUUCUGAGCGCUCGAGACUGCCCUACAACCCCAAAGAAACCACUCUGACGACUUGCCAUUUGCCACCUUGCGCCCCGCUGUUGCCAAUCUCCAGCCUCAUGUCCGACUACGAAGUCACCCUAGUCAACAACAAGAUGUCUGAAUUCUAUGUCCUCUUCCACGGCCCCACAGAAACUCCGUUCGAAGGCGGGGUCUGGAAGAUCCACGUAGAGCUCCCCGAACAGUUCCCGUACAAGUCGCCCAGUAUCGGGUUUAUGAACAAGAUCUUUCAUCCUAAUAUUGAUGAGAUGAGUGGAAGUGUUUGUCUGGAUGUGAUUAACCAAACGUGGUCGCCGAUGUUUGAACUCAUCAACAUUUUUGAAAUCUUCCUUCCCCAACUCCUUCGCUACCCGAACGCCGCCGAUCCCCUCAACGGCGAAGCCGCCUCCCUCCUAAUGCGCGACCCCAAAGGCUAUGCCCGUAAAGUCGAAUCCUACGUCGAACGCUACGCUUCGGCCCAAGACGCCGAUGAAGCUGGGGAAGAAGAUUCGGAAGAUGAGGAUGAGGGUCUACCGCGGCCGAAAGCCAAGGCGAAUGGGACGGAUGGAACAGCUGGGUCGGGGACGGGGACGAAUGGGCAUGCGAAUGGGAAGGGGGGUGGGAAUGCGGAGGAGGAGGAGGAGGAAGAGGAUGAUGAUGACAAGAUGAGUGAUAUGGGAGAGUUUAGUGAGGACGAAGAUGAUAUUAUGGGCAAGAUGGACAGCGACUAGAUGACUAGACUCCCAUCCCUCUUCCCUUCCCUUCCUCACAGAUCUUUGUCCUAUAGCAUAUCCCCCUCAACAUCAUCUUCACCCGCCAGCUUCAUUCCCUGUCCCCUUUGGCAUAUACCCUUAGUCUGGCAUCUGCCCAGAAGUAAUCCUCCAAAUGUUGUAUGAAUUGGUCAGUAACACAUUUCACCCCUCGGCCUCGGGUCCGGGUACCCUCAUGGAAGACGGAAAGUACACAUGACCGAGUCUGCCUUUGC